UGCACAUGCCCCAGAGUUGACCAAAAAAGUUCAGCGCCAUGCAUCUAGUGGCUCCUUCCCACCCAGUGGUAAUGAGCAUCCUAAAGAAGAUCUCAAACUUCACCUGAAGAAAUUAACUCAUGCCGCCCCUUGCAUGUUGUUUAUGAAAGGAACUCCUCAGGAGCCGUGCUGCAGUUUCAGCAAGCAGAUGGUGGAAAUCCUUAACAAACAUAAUAUUCAGUUUAGCAGUUUUAAUAUCUUCUCAGAUGAAGAAGUUCGUCAGGGCCUCAAAACCUAUUCCAACUGGCCCACCUAUCCCCAGCUCUAUGUUUCUGGAGAGCUCAUAGGAGGACUUGAUAUAAUUAAGGAGCUUGAAGCAUCUGAUGAACUAGAUACAAUUUGCCCUAAAGCUCCCAAAUUAGAGGAAAGGCUCAAAGUACUGACAAAUAAAGCUUCUGUGAUGCUCUUUAUGAAAGGAAACAAACAGGAAGCAAAAUGUGGAUUCAGCAAACAAAUUCUGGAAAUACUAAAUAAUACUGGUGUUGAAUAUGAGACAUUUGAUAUAUUGGAAGACAAAGAAGUUCCUCAGCGGUUAAAAACUUAUUCAAAUUGGCCCACAUACCUUCAGCUGUAUGUGAAAGGGGAGCUUGUUAGAGGUCUGGAUAUCAUUAGGGAACUAGGAGACAAUGGUGAGCUGCUGCCAGUGCUGAAAGGAGAGAACUAGGGACUAUUACGCCCUGUGCCCAAUUGCUGCAGGAAACCUUCGUCACAGUGGGGCCGCUCACGACUCCGUUCUCAGAUUGCUGCACACCCAGUUAGGCUCGGUGUAACCCACCAGCUCAUGCUAAAUACAUGUAUGUUUUGUUUGUUUUUCAUCAAACCAGAAUGCAAUAAACAUCUUCAAAUCCGAUUAAAAA